CAUUAGACGUUGGCGUGAAACAAACAGGGGCGCAGUCCGCCUCGCUCGUCCACGGGCACCACCGCACCAGGCUUUUUACUCGCUCCCGACGCAUCCCCGCCGAGCGCAACGCCGCCGGCGAGCCGUUCCCCUCCCUCUCCGCCGGAUCCUCCACCCGCAGCUCCUGUUCUAGUGGGGGUGGGGAUCCAUUCGAGCGAGGACUGGUUCCUUCUUUGUGCUAUUAUUCUUCUCCAGCGUGCGAGAUCGACACUAGUUGCCACUGCCUGUAGCACGUCGCGGCGCCUGAUUGAGUUGCGGGUGCGGUUUAUCUUCCAAGAAUUUGGUGGUUCAGCCGAACUCCCAUGACCCAGGUGAAAUCCGCUCCCGGUAGGAGGGAGAUGGGCCGGGGGCGGUCGCCGGAGCCGCUGGAUUUCUUCAUCUGGACUGUCGAGGAUGUUGGAUUAUGGCUGGAAGAAAUAAAUCUUGGUAGCUACAGGCAAGUGUUUGAAGAAAAUGGUGUCAAUGGAGAAUAUCUAGAAAGCCUGUCCAUGUUUACUACUGAGCAGAUUCUGCGAUUUAUCAGGCGGUGCCAUAUGAAAUGGGGAGACUUUAUCACACUGUGCAAAGAGUUGAGGCGCAUUAAAGUCGCCUGCCUUAAAGGGGAGCAAGAAGUCCGCAGGCCAUGGUGGGCGCCAUCAUGCCUCUCCGUGGUGUUUGUGAGGGCGGCCAAACGGACUCGGCACUCCCGAGUGGUCUCCUUGAAGCUGGAACCAUAACGCUCAUCAAGCACUUCGAAUCAUCACCGGCGCCGUUCUCCUCCAGCUUCAUUGGAGGCACUGCAACGACACACCAUCGUUUGCUGGCCGUAAGUGAUCUGGAAGUUCUGCUGUGGGAGCAGUAUGCUCUACUAUGUACAACUGGUCCCGUAUCCAUUUACUAGCUCUGUUGUUCCUCAUAUAUAGGAUUGGAGUAGUAACCUGAUGUAGGCAAAGAAAGAUACAUAUAUAUGGUGCAGAUGGUCCCUGUAAGGUCUGCUUCUUGCAAAUCUUCCUGAGCUGCGAGGAGCUCA